GUCUUUCUUGUGGUCGGUGUACGUGCGCGGCUACCGCUCCAGUUGUGUGAGCAGCGUCUGCUUCCUAUACUCUCUGUCAAUAGGCUCCCUCGCCGAGCGCAACGUGAACCGCAUGCUGGGUGUUGCGCUGGGAAUAUACAUCGGGAACAUGCCCGACGCGGUCCUCCUGGAUCGCUACACGGGCUUCAACGGGGUGGCAUUCCGAAAGUUUCACAACGAGUGGAUUGGCCUGUUGGUCUACCUGACAUCCAUGCUGCUCAUCUGGGUGGUGUCGCUCUACGGCGCCCUGGCCGCCGGCUCCAGGUGGUCAUACGCCUGUCUGCUGUGCGGAGGCUUCCGCCCAGCUGAUCGGGCGCCUGAAGCUGCUGCAGCCCACGCCCGACAGCGCCUCGAACGAGUACGCCCUCUUCAUGGACGUGAUGGACCACUUUGCCGCGUGCCUGAUCCUCUGCGUGGUGGACUACUCCUUCGCCUUCUUCUCGCCCAAGGGGCUGUCGCCAGGGAAGCUCAGCGGGGACAUCCCCGUCAUGCAGCUGGAGGUCGCGCUGCCGGAUUGCCUCCGGCAGAUCCCGCACCUGCUGGGGAAGAUCCGGAGACCUUCGACACCUCGGUCGGCGACGCCAUCCGGUCCCUCGCCGAGGCCGUCCACGGCGCGCGCCAGCUGCAUGUGGAGGUGGUCAAGGAGGACCCCGUCCGGGUGCGGACCCUGGCCCCUGCGGAUGCCCUACAAGGCGCACUUUGUGGGCUCCAUGCUCGACCACUGCGAGCGGGUGAUGGUGGCGUCCAGGGCGAUGCUGCUCAGCUCCCAGCGCUGCCCGGACACGGACAUCGCUGCGAG